GCGGCCCCGCGGGGAGGGCGCUGGUUGGCUGGCGCGGCUGCCGCUCGGCGGGGCGGGCGGUGGUUGGGCGGAGGUGGCCGGGCGCAGCAUGGCCGCGGCCGUGGUGCGCGGGGGAGCGGCGGGCUGGCGGCGCUGGCACGGGCGGGUGAUGGUGUGUUCUAGGGCAAUGGCUUCCAAAACCCCUGUUGGAUUCAUUGGGCUGGGUAACAUGGGAAAUCCAAUGGCAAAAAACCUGGUAAAACAUGGAUAUCCAGUUAUUGCGUAUGAUGUGUUCCCAGAAGCCUGCAAAGAAUUUCAAGACUUGGGUGCUCAGGUAACGGAUUCCCCAGCAGAUGUAGCAGAAAAAGCAGACAGAAUUAUUACCAUGCUGCCUUCUAGUCCCAAUGCAAUAGAAGUUUACACAGGAGCAAAUGGAAUUCUAAAGAAAGUGAAGAAAGGCUCAUUAUUAAUAGAUUCCAGUACUAUAGACCCUGCAGUUUCAAAAGAAUUAGCUAAAGCAGUUGAAAAAAUGGGAGCUGUUUUCAUGGAUGCUCCGGUUUCUGGAGGUGUUGGAGCUGCUCGAGCUGGAAACCUUACUUUCAUGGUUGGUGGAGUGGAACAGGAAUUCAAUGCUGCCAAAGAGUUGCUAACAUGCAUGGGUUCUAAUGUGGUGUAUUGUGGAGAGGUUGGAACUGGACAGGCUGCAAAGAUCUGCAACAACAUGCUUUUGGCCAUCAGUAUGAUUGGAACUGCUGAGGCUAUGAAUCUUGGAAUCAGAUUAGGGCUUGACCCAAAGCUGCUGGCCAGAAUCCUAAAUAUGAGCUCAGGUCGCUGUUGGUCAAGCGAUACAUACAACCCUGUUCCUGGAGUGAUGGAAGGAGUACCAUCUGCUAAUAAUUAUCAAGGCGGCUUUGGAACAACACUCAUGGCUAAGGAUCUUGGCCUGGCCCAGAUUUCUGCCACCAACACAAAGACACCAGUUCCUUUGGGAUCCCAGGCACAUCAGAUCUACAGGAUGAUGUGUGCAAAAGGCUAUGCCCUGAAAGACUUCUCAGCUGUGUUCCAGUUUUUACGUGAGGAGGAAACCUUGUGAGCUGUCCUUUGGCAAUGGACACAAUAACAAACCAUGUUUUUUAAUCCUUACAGCUCGUUUGUGAAGUAUAUGGGUUUAAUCAAACACUGUGCAUCCUGAUCACAUAAGACUAAUCAUCUUUGGUUGUCUAGAUCACAACGAACUCCAGGAUUUUUUCAUCAGUUCUUGAAAAAGCAAGCCAGAAGAAGGGGUUGUUUGGCACUUAGCCAGACAGUGAUUUCACUUUUUUUAAGAACCAUCAAUGUUUUUUUCAUUAGAUGCAAUAAAUAAAGUAAAUAUAUAUAUUUUUUUUUAUUAAACACUUAAUUGUUUGCAUAUAAAAUAACUUACAUUAUGGCUGAAAACUUACAUGAAUCUUGAAUAGUAUGGGAAAGUUAUAUAGUGAUUUAACGAUAUAUAGUAAUCUAUUAAAAAUGAAAGUGAAUACUUUAUGGAAAAAGGGAAUUUUUUUUUUCAAUGCAGAAACAGUUUGAGAUGGAUUUUUUUUUCCUUGCACCUACUAGCCUUGGAUUGAUCAGUAGUGAAUUUUUUCCUGGGGUUCAGGUUGCAGAUUAAGUUUAUAGACACAUGCUACUAAGUGGAGAGCUGUUACAGCAUGUUUAUCUGAUAGACUUAGUUAAAAUAACAUAGUAUGUGUGUCUCUCCCAUAAAACUCCAUUAUUGUAUUUUGCUAACCCAAUUUUGUAUUUUCUUGUAUUCUGUCACACAUUUUGAGAGAUCAAGAACAGCACUUAGUAGAAGUUCUAAACAAAGUGUACAUCUGCUUUAAGAAACUAUUGCAGUAAUAUAAACCUCAAACCCCGUUAUUUUGAAAAGAAAUAAAAAUCUAUACUGGUAAAUA